AGGACUCCCUGGCGUGGCAGGUUGUCUCUCGGACGGUACAUGCACUAAUAUUUCACUUGGCAUUACUCAAAAGCAAAAAGAAGAAAUAAGAACAAGGGAAAAAAAAAGAUUGUGCUGAUUUUUAAAAUGAUGCAAAAACUGCAAAUGUAUGUUUAUAUUUACCUGUUCAUGCUGAUUGCUGCUGGCCCAGUGGAUCUAAAUGAGGGCAGUGAGAGAGAAGAAAAUGUGGAAAAAGAGGGGCUGUGUAAUGCAUGUGCGUGGAGACAAAACACGAGGUACUCCAGAAUAGAAGCCAUAAAAAUUCAAAUCCUCAGUAAGCUGCGCCUGGAAACAGCUCCUAACAUCAGCAAAGAUGCUAUAAGACAACUUCUGCCAAGAGCGCCUCCACUCCGGGAACUGAUCGAUCAGUACGACGUCCAGAGGGAUGACAGCAGUGAUGGCUCUUUGGAAGAUGACGAUUAUCACGCUACCACGGAAACAAUCAUUACCAUGCCUACAGAGUCUGACUUUCUAAUGCAAGCGGAUGGCAAGCCCAAAUGUUGCUUUUUUAAAUUUAGCUCUAAAAUACAGUACAACAAAGUAGUAAAAGCCCAACUGUGGAUAUAUCUCAGACCCGUCAAGACUCCUACAACAGUGUUUGUGCAAAUCCUGAGACUCAUCAAACCCAUGAAAGACGGUACAAGGUAUACUGGAAUCCGAUCUCUGAAACUUGACAUGAGCCCAGGCACUGGUAUUUGGCAGAGUAUUGAUGUGAAGACAGUGUUGCAAAAUUGGCUCAAACAGCCUGAAUCCAACUUAGGCAUUGAAAUCAAAGCUUUGGAUGAGAAUGGCCAUGAUCUUGCUGUAACCUUCCCAGGACCAGGAGAAGAUGGGCUGAAUCCCUUUUUAGAAGUCAAGGUGACAGACACACCCAAGAGGUCCCGGAGAGACUUUGGGCUUGACUGCGAUGAGCACUCCACGGAAUCCCGGUGCUGCCGCUACCCCCUCACGGUCGAUUUUGAAGCCUUUGGAUGGGACUGGAUUAUCGCACCCAAAAGAUAUAAGGCCAAUUACUGCUCAGGAGAGUGUGAAUUUGUGUUUUUACAAAAAUAUCCGCAUACUCAUCUUGUGCACCAAGCAAACCCCAGAGGCUCAGCAGGCCCUUGCUGCACUCCGACAAAAAUGUCUCCCAUUAAUAUGCUAUAUUUUAAUGGCAAAGAACAAAUAAUAUAUGGGAAAAUUCCAGCCAUGGUAGUAGACCGCUGUGGGUGCUCAUGAGCUUUGCAUUAGGUUAGAAAUUUCCCAAGUCAUGGAAGGUCUUCCCCUCAAUUUCGAAACUGUGAAUUCAAGCACCACAGGCUGUAGGCCUUGAGUAUGCUCUAGUAACGUAAGCACAAGCUACAGUGUAUGAACUAAAAGAGAGAAUAGAUGCAAUGGUUGGCAUUCAACCACCAAAAUAAACCAUACUAUAGGAUGUUGUAUGAUUUCCAGAGUUUUUGAAAUAGAUGGAGAUCAAAUUACAUUUAUGUCCAUAUAUGUAUAUUACAACUACAAUCUAGGCAAGGAAGUGAGAGCACAUCUUGUGGUCUGCUGAGUUAGGAGGGUAUGAUUAAAAGGUAAAGUCUUAUUUCCUAACAGUUUCACUUAAUAUUUACGGAAGAAUCUAUAUGUAGCCUUUGUAAAGUGUAGGAUUGUUAUCAUUUAAAAACAUCAUGUACACUUAUAUUUGUAUUGUAUACUUGGUAAGAUAAAAUUCCACAAAGUAGGAAUGGGGCCUUACAUACACAUUGCCAUUCCUAUUAUAAUUGGACAAUCCACCACGGUGCUAAUGCAGUGCUGAAUGGCUCCUACUGGACCUCUCGAUAGAACACUCUACAAAGUACGAGUCUCUCUCUCCCUUCCAGGUGCAUCUCCACACACACAGCACUAAGUGUUCAAUGCAUUUUCUUUAAGGAAAGAAGAAUCUUUUUUUCUAGAGGUCAACUUUCAGUCAACUCUAGCACAGCGGGAGUGACUGCUGCAUCUUAAAAGGCAGCCAAACAGUAUUCAUUUUUUAAUCUAAAUUUCAAAAUCACUGUCUGCCUUUAUCACAUGGCAAUUUUGUGGUAAAAUAAUGGAAAUGACUGGUUCUAUCAAUAUUGUAUAAAAGACUCUGAAACAAUUACAUUUAUAUAAUAUGUAUACAAUAUUGUUUUGUAAAUAAGUGUCUCCUUUUAUAUUUACUUUGGUAUAUUUUUACACUAAUGAAAUUUCAAAUCAUUAAAGUACAAAGACAUGUCAUGUAUCACAAAAAAGGUGACUGCUUCUAUUUCAGAGUGAAUUAGCAGAUUCAAUAGUGGUCUUAAAACUCUGUAUGUUAAGAUUAGAAGGUUAUAUUACAAUCAAUUUAUGUAUUUUUUACAUUAUCAACAUUCACUUAUGGUUUCAUGGUGGCUGUAUCUAUGAAUGUGGCUCCCAGUCAAAUUUCAAUGCCCCACCAUUUUAAAAAUUACAAGCAUUACUAAACAUACCAACAUGUAUCUAAAGAAAUACAAAUAUGGUAUCUCAAUAACAGCUACUUUUUUAUUUUAUAAUUUGACAAUGAAUACAUUUCUUUUAUUUACUUCAGUUUUAUAAAUUGGAACUUUGUUUAUCAAAUGUAUUGUACUCAUAGCUAAAUGAAAUUAUUUCUUACAUAAAAAUGUGUAGAAACUAUAAAUUAAAGUGUUUUCACAUUUUUGAAAGGC